GAACAAGAACAAGAACAAGAACAAGAACAAGAACCAAAACCAAAACCAAAACCAAAACUCAGUCAUAUCCAAUUCAAUUCAAUUCAAUUUAACCUCAACUCAUCUUCUAUUGUACUUCUCAUCCUGAUCAAAUUUCAUCCCCAAUAUUGAAAUCUUACGAAUCAUUCUACUAUUCAUUGUCUGAUCAUAUUACAAAAGUCAACUACUACCCAGAGCAGGAACGAUAAAUUCACACAACAAACGAACCUUCUUCCUUCCUUCGAUAACAACCGUCCGUCUCUCUACGAGACACUUUUACUUAAAUCAAACAAACUGGCAGGAAAUAAGAGGAGGAGCUUUUCCUCCCAAGGAGGUCUGCUCAACAGAAUGUUUGGCAGCUCAAGUUCCCCACCAAAAGAUUCAUCCUUAGCUCCCACCACCACUCCUCCCACCUCCUCCGAAUCUAGCGCCGACUCAUCAACAGGUCCCAAUAAUCAACGCGAUGCAUCAACCGCUUUGAGAGCUCUCGAUGGCGAGACUGGCACAUCGGAAAAACGUAGCGGGAAUGGUAGUCCCCCAGGUCGCGCAAUUCCCGGCGAUGGGUCUGGAGAGAAGAAACGCCGGAGUAGCGGGGUCGGCGGUAAAGCCAGCUCGUUUCUGGCCAGUGCGAAAAAUUCAUUGCACUUCAGUCAGAGUCCUAAUUCUUCUGGAUUCAUGUCUGGUGGUCGAUCCAACGAUGUAGUACAAACGCCCUUGCAAAAGUUGGGAAAGCAAGACCCGGCCUUGACGGUUCCUCAAGGUCAGCAUAAUAACUCGGCGGGAGAAUCUCGUCCGGGUCCUAGAUCGACAUUCAAAGUCGGCGUGUGGGAAGAUAAAAAUAAGAAAUGUCGUCGAACGAUGGAGGAUACUCAUGCUUUUCUGUACAACUUCUUACAUACACCUGCACCUGUCGUGGGUGCCGAUUCAAGCUCCAAGUCGGAAAAGUCAGAUAAAGUCGCAAGUGAUUCAUCAGAUAGUCUUGCUCGGCCGGUCUCCGCACAGUCCAUGAUGGAGACAGACAAUGGUUAUUUCGCAAUCUUCGAUGGUCAUGCAGGUACAUUCGCUGCAGAUUGGUGUGGAAAGAAAUUACAUCUCAUUUUGGAAGAGACUAUACGAAAGAAUCCGAAUACGCCAAUCCCCGAACUUCUCGACCAAACCUUCACAACUGUCGAUGCGCAGUUGGAGAAAUUACCUUUGAAAAACAGUGGUUGUACUGCCGUCACAGCAGUUCUUCGUUGGGAGGAUAGGAUACCAAACGCUUCAUCUGCCACGGGUUCUACGGCCAUUGCACCUGCGACCGCUGCUGCCGUUAAAGCUGCUGAAGAAACACCAAAGACUGAAGACGGCGGCGCAGAUUCGAAAUCCACAUCACAACAGUCAAAGGCCGUUCUGAAUGCCCCUACUGGAGAUGUUCAGGCAAAACUCAAAAGCACUUCUUCUCGUGCUCGAGUAUUAUACACAGCUAAUGUUGGAGAUGCACGCAUCGUAUUGUGCCGCAAUGGCAAAGCUUUACGUCUAUCUUAUGAUCAUAAGGGUAGUGAUGAGAAUGAGGGAAAACGCGUUGCAAAUGCAGGUGGCUUAAUCCUCAAUAAUCGUGUCAAUGGUGUUUUGGCAGUUACUCGUGCAUUGGGAGAUGCGUAUAUGAAGGAUUUGGUUACAGGUCAUCCAUAUACUACUGAGACUGUUAUACAACCUGAUAGUGAUGAAUUCAUUAUCUUGGCUUGUGAUGGCUUAUGGGAUGUUUGUUCAGAUCAAGAAGCAGUUGACCUCGUUCGUCAUCAACAAGAUCCGGUUGCCGCAGCUAAACAACUUGUCGAAUAUGCCCUGGCUCGUUUCAGUACCGAUAAUUUGUCUUGUAUGAUUGUUCGAUUUAACCGACCACUCCUUGUUGCAACGGCAAAAGAUUCUCAUGCAGCUAUUGGCGUUGAAGGUGAUGGUAAUAUGGGAUUUGGUACACUCUCCGAGGCAGAUAAAAUUGUUUCAGAAUCACAGCAAAAAGUUAAAGAUGGAGCAUCAAAUCUUGGUGUUAGUGGUAGCAAUAGUGGUGCAGGACAUGAUCCUAAAUUGGAUGGAGCCGUAGAGGAUGAUGAAGAUGAAGAGAAACCUCGGAUGGAGAGUGUAGUUGAAGAGGAACCUCAGCCUAUCGAGGGUGAUUCAUCGGCUCCGGAAAUAAAUUUGAAUGCUGUGGAGAAGGCGAAAGCGGAGGAGACGGCUGCAAAUUUGCAUUUACCGGCUGGAGCUGAGAAGUAAUGUUCUUUACUCGUGUAUAUUUUGAGUGGGAGGGGUAGUGCGGGGAGCGGGUUUUUCUUUUCUUUGCAGUUUGCUGAGUGAUUAUUUGGGUUUAUCUUGGGAGGUUGUGAGGGGUGUGGAAGGGGUGGCCUUGAAUGAAUGGAUGGAUGGAUGAUGGCUUGAUGAGGUUUAUCAGAGUUAUGGGUCUGUGAAAUGGGUAGAGGCAUUUGGGGAAAGACGGAUGAAUGGAUGAAAGAAGUUUUUUUUUAAACCGAUGAGUGGGUGCUAUGAAUA